AGGCGUAUCAUGUUGAGCACACACUGGUAUCGUUGACGGUGAUCGCGCCGUUGUGUAUUCUAUCAAUUUCUGCUUCUGAGCAUUCGGCCUUUGGAUGGAUGUUUCCAAGAUCCUCGGUGGGCCCAAAAGAGGGCAAGGAGGUGACACCUUCCCAAUUCACCCUGAGCAGUAUGCCACUGCGUCUCAUAGACAUCGUUAUAUUCAGCUCUUUCCUCCUCGUCGUGGGCUUGGUUCUUCGGCACUAUGUGACGCGCGGUAACCGUGGACUCCCUCCCGGACCAAAACCAGUCCCAUUGCUGGGAAACAUUAUCCAGCUACCAAAAAAUCAUGCGCAGGAAUGCCUGCAAUAUGCUGAGUGGGGCAAGUUAUAUGGCGACAUCAGCACCUUCUGGGCGUUGAACAAGCCGGUUAUCCUGCUCAACUCUGCUAAAGCAAUAGGCGACUUGUUUUAAACCCGCUCCAGCUUGUACUCCUCCCGUCCACACCUCACUAUGGCGGGUGACCUAAUGGGCUGGAGCGAGACCGUCCCGCUCAUGCCGUACGGCGAGCGCUUCAAGAAUUAUCGCAAGCUGCUUAAGACUGGUCUGAAUAGUCAGGUGGCGUGGGAGUACCGGCCCUUGGUUGAGCAGAAAAUUGGCAAGUCGCUGGGCAGACUGCUCGAUAAUCCGAAUGGCUAUGCAAACAACUUCUGACGCUCAGCAGAUCGCUUAUGGAUUCGAGCACGAGAGCAAGGAGCUCAAUGCGCUUUCGGAAGACACUGAGAAAGUCUUGGAUCUGUUCGCAAUCGCCGCUUUGCCUGGGCUCUUUCUGGUCGACGCCCUCCCCAUUUUGAAGCACGUGCCUCCGUGGUUUCCAGGCGCAAAUUUCAGGCGACUCGGCUUACAGGCUCGGGAUGCAACGAAAAAGAUGGUCGAUACGCCCUUCGAGGUGGUGAAGCGCCAGGUGCGCCGCAGAAGGAAGGAACUGCCCCUAGAUCGUUCGCAGCGAAUCUUCUGAACGAGGCACCAGAAGAGCGCAGUAGCGAGGAAGACAUUAAAUGGGUUGCCGCGGGUUUCAACGCUAGCUCGGUCGACACGACUACCGCCACACUGUCUACUUUUUUUCUCUGCAUGGUGGUCUUUCCCAAGGUGCAGAAGAAGGCCCAGGCAGAGAUUGACAGUAUGAUAGGGAAAGACCGUCUGCCUGGCAUCGAGGACCGUGAUGCCCUGCCGUACGUGCGCGCUGUGGUGAAAGAGGUCCUGCGUUGGCGACCUGCCGUGCCCAUAGAUAAGCCCCGUGGUCUCACUCUCUUUUACACACCCGCGACUUACCGCGCUCUCAGUGUCGCAUGUGGUGGCGAAAGAUGACGUGUAUCGAGGUUACCAAAUUCCAGCGGGCACCGCGCUCAUCGCGAACAUCUGGUGCGUUCGUGCUCGCGUCCAGCAAGACGGGGACUGAGGAGCUUUCACAUGGCGGCGAUGCACGACGAGACGGUGUACAAGGACCCCGACGCGUUCUGGCCGGAACGCUUCUUGCCGCCUGAGAACGCGCAGGACAGCUCGCGCUUCGCGUUCGGCUUCGGUCGCCGGGUGUGCCCCGGCGAGGGCGUUGCGCAGGCCACGCUCCUCUGCAUGGUCGUGCGCGUACUCGCAGUAUUCAAUAUCGCGAAGGCGCGCGACGAAUAUGGAAAGGACGUCGAGCCUGCGUUGCUGUGGUCCUCCGGCUUAACGAGUCCCCCGCAUCAAUUCAAGUGCAAGAUUGUCACUCGCUCGCCAGAGGCAAUGAAAUUAGUCGAAGAGGCACGGGAUGGUUAAGAAUACCAUGGGAUCUCAGGCUAAUCCCUUUGACGUUGACAAUUCAUCGAUAAUUUCGGUCCAUCGUAGCAGUGGCCCCGCACGAGAACGUCCAAGCGCCGGUGCGGUAAUGUGGUAAGGCAGGGUCUGUGUGAUGCAGGUAGAUAAUCAUGACAAGCCAGUGGUUGGCAAGUACCCAAGGG